CUGUCACAAAGAAAUUGAAUCGUAGAAAGCACUGGAAGACGAGCUGCAGACGGCCCCUUCGGAUACAGUCGUUACCGGAGGAUGCGUCGCAGAUGCUUUUGGCAUCCACCAACACUUCUUGACUUUGAGAUAUCAAGCUGUCGUUCCCAUUCAAAGACGUAUGAUCAUGGCGGGUAUGUCUUCACUGGCCUGCUAUCUAGCUUCGCGUGAGCGCAUCCUUCUCAGCCUCUGGCCAAUUAUGCUCAACAGAGUGCAAGGCUGCCUGCACGCUGCAGGCAACACCGCCAAAGUAUCUGAGUCACGACUCAGCGCCAUUGCCUGAGUCAAGUUUACAGCGCCUUUAAAUUUUACUCAAGAGCUGCACAUCUGUAAAGAACAAGCAAGAGAAAAAUUGUCUUUCGUCAUGGGUUCUCGCUCGACCAAGGUUGCGCCGCCCCCGCACGUUGUGGCUGUUGCCUCACCGGUCGCACCUGCUGAGCAAAAACAUGCAAAAGGCAACAAUACAACCGACUCUGGAGAACACGGGCCCUGCCAAGACCUCGAAUAUCAGCCUGCAAAAAGAGUCGUGACUUUACCGCAGCCUUGCGACGAUAUCAACCUCAAAAGCUCUACACGAACUUCUACAACCUCAGGACGGCGAUAUAGCGAACCCGUUUGGGCAGCCGCAAUGGCCACGGGGAUCAACAUAAUCCGACUACAGCAUCUUGCCGCUUUCGAAAGCUUCAUUGCGGAGCGCGACCUCAUGGCGAUUGAUGUCGACGAUGCAAGUGUUGUUGCGAUUGUGCCAGCCGCCGAAGAUACCGGAAAGGUCGAAGGACCUGAGAUGCAAUGCUUAACUUGUUGUACGCAACUUCCGAAAGAGAAUGACCCGAAGUAUGCGAAAGAAGUUAUCAAGCCUUGCAGAAGAUGCGACAGCGCUUACUGCAUUUCAUGUGUCAAGGACAUGUUUCUCAAAGCUUGCAAAGAUUCAACUCGAAUGCCUCCACGAUGCUGCACACCGCUCGGUCUUCAUCAUAUCAAACCCCAUUUGACAACGCAAGAGAUCAGCGAAUACAAAUCGAAGUACGAAGAGUGGAGCACACCCAAGCCAUUCUACUGUCCAGUACUAGCCUGUUCAGCUUUCAUUCCAGAACGACUCCUGCCACACCAAGAAGAACUUAGACAGAAGAAAGCAGACUCUGGUGUCGGAUUACCGACCUCGACAAGCUUCCAAUGCCCGAAAUGCGAAGGCAAGAUCUGCAUUGAUUGCCGGCAAGAAUCCCACCCAGACAGUCUCUGUGCAGAUCUAGAUCUUGGAAUUGAUGCAGAAACCGCAGCACUGUUGAAGGCAUGGGGCUAUAAGCGUUGUCCUAAGUGUGGCCAGGGGCUAAAGCGUAUGUACGGCUGUAAUCACAUGGAAUGUAGAUGUGGCGCACACUUCUGCUGGGAAUGCAUGAAGAGUAGCGAAAAUUGCGGAGGAGGUUGUGACGAGGUUGAGAAUUGUGACAGCGAGUCGGAGCCUGAUGAACCUGAGCCCCUGCAUAGGUUGGAGGACGAUACUGCAAACGAAGCACUUGCAGUGAAUAUGAGUGGAAGCGAUGCAGUUGGACCAAACACCGACACGCAAACAAACGAGCCAGAGGCAGCUACUGUUCGCCCAUCCUCACGCCCAGCUGCUCGGCCACGAAAUCUGGACGGCGGCCCAUCGUAUUACUGGGAAGGUCAAGACCUUGACUUCGGCGAAGAACCUACCGAUGAUAUACAAGACCCAACCUGGGACUGCCACCAUUCCUUCGAACCCUAUACCAUCCCACUCGCAGAAACAAUAUCGACGCCUGCUUCAGCACUCGAAAUGGAGUGCGUCAAAUGCUGGUGCACGAUACAUCCCGACAUCGAAACACGACCCGAGACCGGUGCAAUCACAAACACACCAAGGAAUCCUUCUGUCAGAGGUCCUAGGGGGGCCCGUGUUCACGUACGUGGUUUGGCAGCGAGAACGCGUCGCACACGCUACGUGCCUCCCCGUGGACUGGCUCGUUCUGACGCUACCAUCGGCACAGCAUCGCAUCUCAUAGCACAGCUCCCACCGAAUAGCCCACGGCCUGCAGAGCCGCAAUCAGGGCCUAUGGAGGGGGUUGAGUUUCAGCCAGCGGUAGACUCCGGAGGCCUCAUUUCUGCACCGAACGCAGAAUCUGCAAAGAAAACCACUCUCACAACCCCGAAGUCAAAUGUCUUCGGUUAUUCUGCUACAACGUAUAACGUAGCGCAAGAGUGUUUUAGAUGCAGCGUCAUGGUCUGCGAGAAAUGCGCAGCGUUGAUGCUUGCCCAACAAGAAGAGAGACAGGCGAAGUGGGACAUGGAGCACAAUGUGGAAGCACAACAAGAUAUAGAAGUACCGCACAAUGUGGAUGUACAGCACGAUAUGAAUGUACAUCAAGGAGAUGGAAGUACAGCAUGAGAUCGAGCCACAGCACGAGGAAAUACUUGAGCAGGGAGAGGUGCCAGCAUCCUUCAGUCACGACGAGCAGCCCCCUCCUUCGCUGUUGGUUUGAAGAGCGAGGCGUUCGAAGUCUGGCUGUUCUAGAGCGACCCAGCGUAUAAGAGCGCAAAGAACGUGGCUAUUGGAGCUGUUUCCACUCAUGUAUCUUGCCUGAUUCGCGGAUGUAGAUUAUAUCGAUGAGGAUCUCCUGUCCUUUUCUGGCGUUAACGGCAUAGCGAGACGUUAUUGCGAGCUUUAUCCUGGCCUAUAAGUAUGAGAUCCAAGAGUAGAGUAAUUUAAAUACUG